AGUGACGUUAGAUUAUUAAAAAUUUUCAAAUAUAGUUUAUUAUUUUAUGUGGGUAUUGUACUGUUGAGUGUUGACUAUUGUGCUAUUUUGCUAUUAUGUGUUUGUUAACUGUAAAAUACCAAUUGACAAAAAGGUUCUAAGACGUGUUAUUAUUAAACUCAAGUCUAAAAAGUUAAUUUUGUGAAGUCAUUUGUAGUCUCAAGCUUUAUAUUGUCCACCUUUCCUUUAUUUCUUUUACAGUUAUACAUAACCAAUUGUCGCUGUGUUUGAUUUAAAUCUAUAAUAAAUUCAAUUCAAAUUAAUUUCUUCGAAUAAUUGAAGUAAUUUAAUUUUACAGGUACUAGGUAGUGGUUUAAGCUUAUAAUGGAUACAUGAUGAUUACAAUUAUAUUAAAUAUUUUUGUACAAUAAAAUAGCAGUUAUUGAUAACUAUAUUUUUGUGAGUAGUAUGGAUUCUUAUAACAUUGUUGGUGUGCUCGGACGUGGAGCUUUUGGAGUUGUUGAAUUGGUUAGAGACUUUAAUUUAAAGAAAUUAGCCGUGAUGAAGACUAUACAUAUAAAAUCCAUGUCAACAAAGAACGUAAAGGAAGCUAUCAAAGAAAUUCAAAUUCUUCAAAUGUUGAAUCAUCCAAACAUCAUCAGAUAUUAUAAUAGUUUUCAAAAUAAACAAAGUUUUCAUAUUAUUAUGGAAUACGCCAUACACGGAACUCUAGAAAACUUUGUUAAUAAAUGUUCUCAAACUUCAAAUUAUAUUGCCCAAAAUUGUGUAUUAAAUAUAUUUAGUCAACUUACAAUGGCUGUGGAUUACAUCCACAAAAUGAAGAUAAUACAUAGUGAUAUUAAUCCAAUGAAUAUAUUAUUAACUGGAAGUCAAGGUACAAUAGUAAAACUUGGCGAUUUUGGCUCUUCUCGCAUAUUAACCAAUGACAAAAUUAUUGGUGAAAAUUGGUGUACUCCAUGUUAUAUGUCUCCUGAGCAAUGUUGUGGGAAACCUCUAAGAUUAAAAACUGAUAUAUGGCAAAUUGGUUGUGUGUUAUACUAUUUGAUUACUUCAAAACAUCCUUUUUAUGCUGAGAGUUUAGCAGAUACUAUAUCAAGCAUUGUAGAAGGAGUUUUAAGUUUUUCAGAAAAAAUUACUUUUUACGACAACGAUGUGAUAAUGCUUUUGCAUGAGUUAUUAAAUCGUGAUCCAACUGUUCGACCUAAUGCAUCUGCUAUACUUUCAAAUCCAUUUAUACUACCUUAUGUAUUAAACAGCAAUUGUCAUUGGCCUAAAUCUGGUAGGAAAGUUUUAAACAAAAAUUAUUAAAUGUAUUCAUUAACACAAUUUUUUGUUAUUUAAGUGUAUAAAUAACU